AUGGGGGUGGGGCUGGGGCUGGGGCUGGGGCUGGCCCUGGCCCUGUCGGGGCUGGUGGCCCCCGGCGGUGGGCAGCGGGUGCCCCGGGGCCAGGAGCCGAGCCUCUCCCGGGAGCGGACGGCCGCCCUUCGCCCGGCGCCCCGGAUGCCCGGCCGCCUCGUGGGGAGAAACGUCUGCGGGGGACAGUGUUGCUCGGGCUGGACGACCGCCAACAGCACCAACCGGUGUAUAAAACCCGUGUGCCAACCGCCGUGCGAGAACAGGGGCUACUGCAGCCGGCCCCAGGUCUGCGUCUGCCGUUCGGGCUUCCGGGGCGCCCGCUGCCAGGAGGUCAUCCCGGAGGAGGAGUACCACCCCCCCCCGGGGGGCCGCCCCCGGCCCCCCGGCCGCGGGACCCCCACCGCCGCGCCCACCGCGGCCCGGCCCACCGCCACGCGGAGGCUCCCGCCCGGGGUCCUGAGCCGGAUGGGCCGCCCCAUCACCUCCCAGCAGCUCUCGUGGUCGCCCCAGGCCGCCCGGCGUCACCCAGCCGCCGGCCCGCCGAGCUCCAAGGCCCUCCCGGGGGACUCCGACGUGCGGCCGGGGGACGGGGCCGCCCCACAACGCUCCUUCUCCCCCUGGGAGGCCAACAUCACCGAGAAGAUCAAGAAGAUCAAGAUCGUCUUCACCCCCACCAUCUGCAAGCAGACGUGCCGCGGCGGGCGCUGCAGCAACGACUGCGAACGCGGGGACACCACCACGCUCUACAGCCAAGGGGGCCGGGGGCCCGACCCCAGGGCCGGCUUCCGCAUCUUUUUUUGCCAGAUCCCCUGCCUGAACGGAGGCCGCUGCGUCGGGCGGGACGAGUGCCGCUGCCCCGCCAAUGCCACCGGGAAGUUCUGCCACCUGCCCGCCGCCGGGAUGCCCGGGUCGCCCGGGCCGCCGUCCCGCCGCCCGGCCGUGGCCGUGAAGCAGUCCACCUACACGCUGCCCCUCUCGAACCAGCUGGCCUCGCGGACCCCGUCUCUGGUCAGGGUGCACGUCCGGCACCCGCCCGGGGCCACGGUGCAGGUCCACCAGGUGGCCCGGGUGCGAGGGGAGGCCGAGCCCCCCGAAGAGAACAGCCUGGAGGCCGGGCCGCGGCCCUGGCGCCCCGCCGGGCCCCGCGGGCCCUCGGACGGCGUGGGCGCCCCGCCGCCCCGGCACCACCCUCUGCACGGCUACUGCUACCUCAACGAGGUCGACGGGCAGUGCUCCGAUCCCUUGCCGGAGCUGACCACCCAAGAGGACUGCUGCGGGAGCUUGGGAGCCUUUUGGGGAUUGAGCGGCUGUUCUCCGUGCCACCCGGAGCCAGCCCACCGAGUGAUCGAAAAUACCCGCCUGCAGUGUCCCACGGGCUACAUGAAGAUGAACCAGACCCACUGUAAAGAUAUCGACGAGUGUCUCCUGGGGGGCUUCUGCGAGGAGGCCACGUGCGUCAACACCUGGGGCAGCUACCUGUGCACCUGCAAGCCCGGCAGCAUGCUGGACCCCUCCCGCAGCCACUGCGUGUCGGCCAAGGCGGUGUCCACGGAGCAGGACUGGUGCUACCGGGCCGUGGACGAGGAGGAGGAGGAGGAGGAUGAGGAGGGGGCCUGCUCCCUGCCGCUCCCGCACCGGAUCACCAAGCAGAUCUGCUGCUGCAGCCGCGUGGGCCGGGGCUGGGGGGCCCACUGCCAGAGGUGCCCCCCGCCCGAAUCAGCGGACUUCAAGGAGAUCUGCCCGGCGGGCCCCGGCUACACCUACUCCAGCUCCGACAUUCGGAUGGCCCUGAGGAAAACCGGAGACGAGGAGGAGGAGGAGGAGGAGGAGAGGGAGGAGAAGGCGGAGGAGGCGGCGGAGGAGAUGGAGGAGAUGGAGGACGAGACUCUGCCACCGGAGGAGACCACGGACGCGGCCUCCGUCGAGGACGCGCCAGGUGACUCGGUGGCCGUCGAGGACUCCGGCCGGGCACCCGCUGCACCCACGGAGCCCCCAGCCGCCCCGGCCCCCACCCGGAGCACUGCCCAGGUGACCUUGGAGUCCAGGGAAGAGGAGAAGGAAGAGGAAGUGGUGGAGGUGGAAGAGGAGACCAUCUCCGUGCCCGAGGUAGCGACGCCCGCCCCAGGGCCGGACAGGUGCGCCGCCGCCGGGCCCGACGUCUGCGGCCCCGGGACCUGCGUCAACCUGCCGGACCGCUACGGCUGCGUGUGCGGCCCCGGCUACCGUCUACAACACAGCCAGGAGCGCUGCACAGACGACGACGAGUGCCAGCGGGAUCCCUGUGAGGGGAAGGGGCAGUGUAUUAACCGCGUGGGCUCCUACUCCUGCCUCUGCUACCCGGGCUACAGGCUGAACGCCUCUUCGGACACUCCCACCUGCCAAGACCGAGACGAGUGCGAGCAGCCAGGGGCGUGCAAGGGGGGCCGCUGCACCAACACGGCCGGCUCGUACCGCUGCGAGUGCGAGCGGGGCUACGUCCCGGCUCGGCAGGGCGACUGCGAAGAUAUCGACGAAUGUCGCCGGCCCGGCGCCUGUCCCACCGGGAGAUGCGUCAACUCCCCCGGCUCCUUCCACUGCCUCGGCUGCGCCAAGGGCUACAGGGCCGUGAGCGGAGGCUGCAAUGACGAGAACGAGUGCCUGUCCGCGGACGUCUGCCUCCACGGGAAGUGCGUCAACCUGGAAGGCUCCUUCCGGUGCGUCUGUGACCCGGGUUACCGGGAGGCCGAGGAUGGACAGAGCUGCCAAGAUGUGGACGAGUGCCAGAGCCAGGAUGCCUGCCCGUCCGGCCUGUGCUUCAACUCGGAGGGCUCCUACUCCUGCCUGGCCUGCCCCGGCGGGUUCGAGGCGCCCAGGGCCAGUCCGGUCUGCACGGACGUGGACGAGUGUAAAGACGCCCAGACGAGCUGCCAGGGAGGAGACUGCGUCAACACCCUGGGCUCCUACCUGUGCCGCUGCCCGGCGGGCCGGCGACUGACCGCCAACGGCACCGUCUGCGAAGACGUCGACGAAUGCGCCAACGGGACCCCGUGCGGGAACCACAGCUUCUGCGACAACACGGACGGCUCUUUCCGCUGCCUGUGCGACCGGGGCUACCGGAAUUCCCCCUCGGGCCCGGAGUGCGUGGACGUGAACGAGUGCGAGGCGAUGGUGGCGGCGUGCGGGGCGGCGCUGUGCGAGAACGUGGAGGGCUCCUUCCUGUGCCUCUGUGCCAGCGACCUGGAGGAGUACGACGCCCGGCGAGGCCGCUGCCGCCCGCGGGAGCCCCUGGGGCCCCCCGAGGCGGUGGACGGGGCCGCCCCCGGCCCGGGGUCCGAGCGCCCGGCCUGCUACUCCGACCCGAGCUGCACCAGGCUCCUGAGCGGGAACGCCACGCGGGAGGAGUGCUGCUGUACUCGGGGGGCCGGCUGGGGCCACGCCUGCCAGCCCUGCCCGCCCCCGGCCUCGGCCCAGUUCGCCGAGAUCUGCCCCAGCGGGAAGGGCUACGUCCCCGCCGACGGCGCCUUGGUAUACGGACACGCCACCUACAUCGACGCGGACGAGUGCGUGAUAUUCGGGCUCGGGCUCUGCCAGGCCGGCCGGUGCUUCAACACGGCGCCCGGGUACACCUGUCUCUGCCACCCCGGAUACCGCAACAACGCGUCCCACCUGGAGUGCGUGGACGAAGACGAGUGCGCCAACGCGGCCUGCGAGGGCGGCGCGUGCGUGAACACGGCGGGCUCCUUCCACUGCUUCUGCGGCCCCCCGCUCGUCCUGGACGCCAGCCAGAGGCGCUGCGUCAAUGCCACCGCGGAGGACUACGCGGAACCGGCCGUCCACGUGGACGUCUGCUGGCGGCGGGUCGUCGACUACGCCUGCCAGCCGCCGGCCGGCGAGGCGGCCGCCACCUACACGGAGUGCUGCUGCCAGGGGGGCGAGGCCUGGGGCCGGCAGUGCUCCCUCUGCCCCCCGACGACGUCCGAGGUCUUCGCCGAGCUGUGCCGGGGGAGCGGGGGCGCGGCCGACCUCGCCCCCCGGCCGGGCUACGACUACGCCCCCGGGCCCGCCGACCUGGGCUACGGGGGCCCCCCGGACGGCUACCGGGACCCCGGGCACGGAGCCGGGCCUCGCUUCGUGCCCGGGCGGCCAGCCCCCGCCGGGCCCCGGGGCGGCUUCGAGGGGGCCGAGGAGUGCGGCGUCCUGAACGGCUGCCAGAACGGCCGCUGCGUCCGCGUGCCCGAGGGCUACACCUGCGACUGCUUUGAGGGCUACCGGCUGGACACCGCCCGGCUGGCAUGCGUGGACGUGAACGAGUGCGGAGACGGGCGCCUGCCCUCGGCGGACCCGUGCGCCCCCGGCCGCUGCGAGAACACGGACGGCUCCUUCCGCUGCCUCUGCCCGCCGGGGCUGGUGCCCGCCGCGGCACCGCCCCGCUGCGCGUAGGGGCCGGACCCCCUUCCUCGGCCCCGGUCCGCGGGGGGCCCCGCCUGACCACCCGCACGGCUACCCCCGGGAGGGCUUGAGCGGUCACCCUUCGGCAGCCUCUCCCGGGGCGGCCGCCACAGCCCCCGGGAGGGAAACUGAGGCCCGUGCCAGCGGGCUGAGCGCCGCCUCCGCCCAUCCGCCUCCCCGAAGAUGCCCGGGCGGCCCGCUC